UUGCUCGGGACUUCCCCGGACGUGCCGGUGCGCUCCCGCAGCCCCGGGCACCGACGGGCACCGGGACCGGGACCGGCCAUGCCGCCGCUGCUGCCGCUGCUGCUGCCGCUCUGCCUGCGCCUCCUCCGCGCCGAGCCGCUCGCCUACCCUGCAGUGAUUUCCCCCCAAGACCCCACCUUGCUGAUCGGCUCCUCGCUGACCGCCACCUGCACGGUCAGCGCCGACUUCCACCUGCGCGCCGAGGACCUGUACUGGACCCUGAACGGCCGGCGCCUGCCCGCCGCCUCCUACGCCGCCCUCGGCCCCACCACGCUCAGCGUGGCCCUCGCCCGCCUCAACGGCUCCAAGCAGCAGUCGGGGGACAACCUGGUGUGCCACAGCCGGGACGGCGGCAUCCUGGCCGGAUCCUGCCUUUACGUCGGACUGCCCCCAGAAAAACCAGUCAACAUCUCCUGCUGGUCCAAGAACAUGAAGGACCUCACCUGCAAGUGGGCCCCGGGGACGGAAGGGGAAACCUUCCUGCACACUAACUACACGCUCAAGUACAAGCUCAGGUGGUACGGCCGCGACAACACGUGCCAGGAGUACCACACGGCCGGGCCCUACUCCUGCCACAUCCCCAAGGACCUGGCCCUCUUCACGCCCUACGAGAUCUGGGUGGAGGCGUCCAACAGGCUGGGGGUGGCCGUCUCCGACGUCGUCAUGCUGGACAUCCUCGACGUGGUGACCACGGACCCGCCGUCCGACGUGCACGUCAGCCGCGUGGGCGACCUGGAGGACCAGCUGAGCGUGCGCUGGAGCUCGCCGCCCGCGCUCAAGGAUUUCCUCUUCCAAGCCAAGUACCAGAUCCAGUACCGCGUGGAGGACAGCUCGGAGUGGAAGGUCGUGGACGACGUGGGCAACCAGACCUCGUGCCGCCUGGCCGGCCUCCGCCCCGGCACCGUCUACUUCGUCCAGGUGCGCUGCAACCCCUUCGGCAUCUACGGCUCCAAGAAGGCCGGCAUCUGGAGCGACUGGAGCAACCCCACGGCCGCCUCCACCCCGCGCAGCGAGCGGGCGGCGGGGGGCUGCGACCCCAAGGGCGGCGAGCAGAACACGACACUGCGGCGGGAGCUGAAGCAGUUCUUCGGGUGGGUGAAGAAGCACGCCUACGGCUGCUCCAACCUCAGCAUCAAGCUCUACGACCAGUGGCGCGUGUGGCUGCAGAAAUCGCACAAAACACGCAACCAGGUAGGUUCUACCCGGCGAUAAGUUGUAGCCCCCGCGGGGCCGAGCGCCGGCAGCACGGCACGGGGCGCCCGGCGCCUGCCCGGGGCCACCCUCGCCCGCCCCGUCCCCGCCGCCGCGCUGCGCCGGGGGGGGGCAAGAAGGCACCUGGGGCAAGGAGCAAGCCCGCACCCCGCUGCAAAGGGGGGCCGGAGGGGGCGAUCCGGGGGGUGCGGGCUGGGGCUGGCCCCGGCACCCCCUUGAGGGCAGCGGUGCCGCCGUCAGCCCCCUGGGAGCGGAGCCCCCCGCGUCCUCCUGCAGCCCACGGUGCCGAGGGGACCCCCCCCAGCACGGGAGGGCUCGGGGCCUUUGUUCCGUAACCGCAGGCUGGAGCAGCAGGGGGAUGAAGGGGGGAUCCCCCCCUCCCGGGAGGUGCAGCCCCCCCCCCAGGCUGCAGUUUGGAUAUUAUUCCCUGGGGAGGGGAAGGGCUGCGGGUGCCCACGGGGCCGCCUGCGAGCGCAUGGGGGGGUGGGGGUGGGGGUCUGUCCCCGGCGAGCCCCGCGGGCUGGUUUGAGGCUGCUGGGGUUUGCUCAGUGCCUGCUCUAAUUUUGAUUCAAACCAGCCUUAUUUUGGUUACAUUUCAGUCAAUUAGGAACAGAUUUAAGCUUAAUGCCAAUAAACCUCUCAAACCCCA